GAAUGGGAGAAGGUUUAGGGAUGUGUUCAUAGCGUGCGAGGCUGUAAUAUAAAUCAUAAUUAUAAUAAUUAAAAAAAGGAACGUGUCUGAUUAAUUUUUGGAUAUUUACUUGAUUUCAUCUGGAAAGAGAAGUGUGUGUGUGUUCUCAAUAGGAUCCAAGAGGAUUGUUCAGAUCUCCUUUGGGUUUCUCUGGACGUCACUGGAUUUUAACCUCAUCACAGAAGGAGCAUCUUAAGCCAAAGAUGGAGCAGGUAUCGGAUGACGAGCUGGACCAUGCUGCUGAGGAAGACAGCGAUAAGGAGGAUCAGGACCUGGACAAGAUGUUUGGAGCCUGGCUAGGAGAGCUGGACAAACUCACGCAGAGUUUGGAUGAUGGGCAACAUCCAGGAAAAGUUCAGAAAGCUCCUCUCAGAGAAGAGACCAACCUGGCCAACUUCUCCUACCGGUUCUCCAUGUACAAUAUCAAUGAAGCCAUAAACCAAGGCGAGCCGGUGGACCUGGAUGCCCUCAUGGCCGACCUGUGCUCUAUUGAGCAGGAGCUCAGCACCAUCGGCAAGGCUUCCUCCUCAUCCUCCUCGUCCUCUUCCUCCUUCUCUUCUUCCUCUUCCUCCUCUGGUCGGCCCACAGACCUAAAGUCUCGCCAGCGAGCUGCGCAGGGGCGUUCGGCCAGCGCCCGGCAUGCUGGCGGUGGCAGCAGCGGGGGGAGCGCGUGCAGCAGCAGCCACGCCUCUCCAGCAGGUACAGUGCGAGCGGGUGGAGGCCAGAGCCGACCAAUGGCCUCCAACUUCUCUCUGGACGACAUCACGGCCCAGCUGGAGCAGGCCUCGCGGAGCAUGGACGAAGCUGCCCGUCAGACCUCGGAGUCUUCCAUGAGCAACUCUCAGCUCAGACGUGCAGGCUCAGUGGGCAGGGCCAGUGACCAGGAGGCACGCUCUGUCAGCCGCUCAUCACGCUCCAGCGUCAACUCUGUUUCUGCCUCCAGCAUGGACUCGCUGGACAUGAGAGGGCAGGAAGGAGAGGUGCAGAAUCAAACGAGCACAGAGCAUGCCUCAUUGAGAAGGGUCAAUGGUAACGCUGCCAGACGGCACCUAGACUUCACCUCCCGCGAGGGGGAAGUGGAUCAGUACACUCACUCCUACCUGGACAGGGAGACCUCUCUGAUUCUCAAAAGCAUUGCAGGAAAGCCCUCUCACCUGCUGACCAAGGAGGAGCAGGCUGCCAAAGCAAAAGCGGAAAAAAUCCGUGUGGCUCUGGAGAAAAUUAAAGAAGCACAGGUCAAAAAGCUGGUGAUCCGCGUGCACAUGUCGGACGAGAGCUCGAAGACGAUGAUGGUGGACGAGCGGCAGAGUGUGAGGCAGGUGCUGGACAGCCUGCUGGAUAAGUCCCACUGUGGAUACAGUCCUGACUGGGCUCUGGUGGAGACCAUCACUGAGCUACAGAUGGAGCGUAUUUUUGAGGACCAUGAGAACCUAGUGGAGAACCUGCUGAACUGGACCAGAGACAGCCAGAACAAGCUCAUGUUCAUCGAGCGUAUUGAGAAGUAUGCACUCUUCAAGAACCCACAGAACUACCUACUGGGAAGAAAGGAGACAUCUGAGAUGGCCGACCGAAACAAGGAGGCACUGCUGGAGGAGUGUUUCUGCGGUGGCUCUGUAUCAGUGCCUGAGAUUGAGGGAGUGCUCUGGCUGAAGGACGAUGGGAAAAAGUCAUGGAAGAAGCGCUACUUCUUACUACGUGCAUCUGGCAUUUACUUUGUGCCUAAGGGCAAGGCCAAGGCCUCGAAAGACUUGGUGUGCUUCUUACAACUGGAUCAUGUUAAUGUUUAUUACGGACAAAACUACCGGAGCAAGUAUAAGGCCCCCACUGACUACUGCCUCGCCCUCAAGCACCCUCAGAUUCAGAAGAAGUCUCAGUACAUCAAGUAUCUUUGCUGCGAUGAUGUCAGAACCCUGCACCAGUGGGUCAACGGGAUCCGCAUUGCCAAGUAUGGGAAACAGUUGUACCUGAACUAUCAGGAGGCCAUGAAACGCACCGAGGCCGCCUACGACUGGUCCUCUUUAUCCAGCUCCAGCAUCAAGUCUGGCACCAGCUCAGUCAGCAAUGCUGAGUCACAGUCCAACCACUCCAGUCAGACGGACAGCGGGGUGUCAGAUGGCACCUCGUCCACGCAUGCACGCUCACAGAGUGUUGUCAGCUCCAUCUUCUCUGAAGCCUGGAAGAGAGGUACACAGAUGGAGGAGAGUACCAGGUCGAGACCAGAGUCAACGCGUUCAAGCCAUUCUAUCCACAGUGUCCAUAGUGGCCACUCCAGCCAUGCUCACUUUAACACUCUCCAUUUGGCACAGCAGCAGCAUACAACUGCCUCAGUGCAUUUGCAGCAGCGUGUGCAGCCUCAGUCAAAUUCAGUGCCACACCCACAUGCACAGUCAGCCUCACAACCUCGUGGUAGCAUUACUCAAACCUCCAUUCAGGCUCUGCCCCAGCCCUCUCCAGCUCUGCCCCAGCCCUCUCCAGCUCUGCCCCAGCCCUCUCCAGCUCUGCCCCAGCCCUCUCCAGCUCUGCCCCAGCCCUCUCCAGCCAUGCCCCAGCCCUCUCCAGCUCUGCCCCAGCCCUCUCCAGCUCUGCCCCAGCCCUCUCCAGCUCUGCCCCUGCCCUCUCCAGCUCUGCCCCUGCCCUCUCCAGCUCUGCCCCUGCCCUCUCCAGCUCCGCCCCUGCCCUCUCCAGCUCCUCCCAAGCUUUCUCCAGUUCUGCCCCUGCCCUCUCCAGCUCCUCCACCUCCUCCUCCACCCCCUCCUCCACCCCCUCCUGUCUGCGUCCAUCACUACUCAGGCCCACAUAUAUUUGCCAAAUACAGCACUAUCAAUCGCCUGAAGAAUGCUUCCCAGGUGGCUAAGCCGCACCCCCAAGCACAGCAGGUGUUUCCAGUACCAUCCCCUCAGUCUUUGAAGCCCCACAUCAACAAUAUUCCACCAGGAGCUAAUAUUCCACCAGGAGCUAAUAUCCCAACGCCACCGCCUCCUCCUCCUCCUCCACCAGCACCCAUGCCUGCUCCAGGUUCAGCCAUGGCAGUCCUUAAACUUGGCCCUCCAAGCCCAGCCACUGUACCUCAUUUCACCCCUCCACCCCCGCCAUCUCCACCACUGCCAUCUCCAGCAUCCAUCAAAUCCCAAACUCUUCCACCUCCAGUAUCCAUCAAAUCCCAAACUCUUCCACCUCUAGCAUCAACCCAGUCCCACUCUCUUCCCCCACCUCCAGCACCAACUCAGUCCCACCCUUUCCCCCCACCUCCAGCACCAACUCAGUCCCACCCUUUCCCCCCACCUCCAGCACCAACCCAGUCCCACCCUUCACCUCCAGCACCUAUCCAAUCUCACUCUUUUCCCCCACCUCCACCACCUAUCCAAUCUCAUUCUUUUCCCCCACCUCCUCCUCCAGAAACUAUCCAACCCCACCCUUUUCCCCCACCUCCAGCACCUAUUCAAUGUCAGCCUUUACCCCCACCACCACCUCCAGCACCUAUCCAAUCCCACCCCCCUCCUCCACCUCCACUACCCAUCCAAUCCCAGCCUUUUCCUCCACCUCCACCUCUCCAAUCCCAAACUCUUCCACCACCAGCCCCCUUCCAAUCUGAGGCUUUUCCUCCUCCCCCACCUCCACUGCAAACAAACAACCUGCUUCCUCCACCCCCACCACAACCAACCCCACCUCCAUUAACUUCCAAUGGCCUCAAACACAUUCUAGCCCAGAAGUUCCCCAACAUACCCAGGGAUGUGUCCCCUCCAGGCAGUCAAACUCAGUCACCACCACCCCCUCCACCUCCUCCACCACCACCACACCCCACUCCUCCUCCUCCUCCUCCUCCUCUCCCACCUCAGCAGCCUCCUGCUCUAGCACCGUCUCCUGCUCUAGCACCGCCUCCACCUCCCCCUCCUCCCCCACCAUCUGCCACAGGGCCACCUCGGGCAUUGCCCAAAACCUUUACUGGAGGAUUUCCACCUCAAACUGCACCAAAACCAUCAGGUGUCACCAUGCAAGUGUCUCCAGUUGCUCCUCUUCUUCCAGGUCCUCCACCCCCUCCUCCACCACCUCCACCCCCUCCUGCACCAGUGAAAACUCAUCCACCACCUACACUACCUAAGCAGCAGAGCAUCACUAAGACAAUGCCUCCUUUGAACCCGACUUCUACAUCAUCUUUGGUCAAGCAGAUUGCCAGCCAGUUUCCGGGUGCUGUUCCCUUAGUGGCCAACCAUGUAGAGGGUCACAAACCCCCACUAUCAGCACCUGCAGUUAAGACUAAACCAAAAUGGCAACCAGGUGGACAAAUUCAGCAGCAACAGCGGUCACCUGAGUUUCCACCGCCACCUCCAGAUACUACACUCACUUUCCCACCGCCACCACCCCCAUGUCCACCUCCUCCACCUCCCCCACCUCCCCCAGGUCCAGUACCACCACCUCCACCUCCACUGCCUCCUACACAGUUAAGUUCUCCAAUGAAGGCCCCCUCUGGAUCCUAUGGAGUUAGCAAGAAACCUCCUCCAACCCCUCUACGCAACACUAGUGUCAAGUCCAACUCUUCAGCCGAAUACCAGGAGUCCCGUCGAAAUCUAGUGAGUAAGUUCAGCCCCAGCUCAGCGUCUUCUGCUCCAGGAUCUUCUGGUUCUCCUUCCAAGGAUUCUUUUACUGGACCACCUGCACCACCUAAACCUGGCAAGCUGAACUUGGCCAACCUACCAUUGGCAUUGCAGAGCAGAGUGGGUCAAAACCAGCAGCCUAGCACACAUUUUCUCUCCCAGGCCCCAACUGAGAAUAAUAGCUUUCCUCCUCCGCCGCCGCCUCCUCCUCCUCCUCCGCCGCCUCCUCCUCCUCCACAAGUAUCAGCUCUCCCACCUCCACCGCCCCUACCAGGCACCCCAAAAGUAGCUGUGGUUAACCCCCAGCCUACAUGGAGCAAAAACUCCCUGAAGAAGACAGCUCCUCCUACAUCACUGCGCCACAACAAUACAACUCCAGAGCCUCCACCGCUAUCCCCAUCCGUGCAGGGAGGGUCUGCACCAUCAGCCUCUCCAAAGGGAAACACUCAACCAAACUUUCUAGAGGACUUGAACCGAACUCUGAGGCGCAAGUCUUUGCGAAACUCUGCAGCCAAGUUGGACCCUGUGGCCACCAUGGAUGACAUGGUACUGCCUCCACCUCCUCCAGAGCUUCUUGACCAGCAGAGACAUAGUGGGAGUGAGUAUAUGUCCAACAUCUCUGGCUAUGCAACAAUAAGGCGAGGCCCACCUCCUGCUCCACCUAAACGGGACAAUAGCACCAAACUGACAAACUGAGAGUACUGGAUUGUCCUUGGAUGCUCCUUAUUGAUCCCUUAUACAGGGAAGUGAAUAAAUAGCAAUCAGUGUAACUGGCUUUUAAACAAUAUUUAACUUUUUGGACAAGCGAUCAAAAAUACUCUCAGCUUUAAUAUGCAUUGGUGCACUCAGUAUCAAAUUCAGUUUCAAACUACAACAUGAAGGAAAUCUGCAACAUACUGGUACUGCAUGGACAUGAGGGCAAAAUUAUAUCAAGCAUACAAAAGCUGGUUUGUUUUUGGGUGGUUGAAUGUCAGGAAUUUUAGGGAAAUCACAGGAAGGAUUAAUUUUGCCUUUGUUUUUUAUAUGACUUUUUAUUUAAGUAAAUGAAGACUUUUUUUAUUUUAGGAUGAAGUUAUUAAUGGUUGAUAAUGACUGAGAGAGUAGUAAAUGGUAAGUGUUUUUGUACUGAGAGUCUUUGGCUAGCCUGGCACUUCCUGUUUGCCCACGAGAGACCAGGAUUGAAGGAUAGGGUGCUUGAGAAUUUUCAAGAAUGUUUGUGGAACCUCUUUCAGUGAUAUUAAGUAGCAGUUUUCUCAGAAACCAGUACAUAAAAUGAUUCAUGCUGUGUUAAAUCUAGGUAACAGUUGAGACAAAUUCUAUGGGAAAAGAUUUGGGAAAUAUUUAAUAAUAAUUUUCAUCAAAAUCAGCCUGUAACAUAAAUUAAGAGAAAUGAAGACUUGUCAUGAUUGCUUACAGAAUUGUCUGAGAUUUUGGAAUGUGUUGAACCUGUCUGACUUAUCUACACAAUUCACAUCAAUUCAGUAUUUUAAUGUACAAUAUCAUCUGCUUUAAUUGUCCGUUUCCGAUCACACUAUCUUAUGCCGACAGUUCAGGCUUCCUGGUAACGGUUGUUCAUAUAUCAUGGACUUCAAAUGGCUUGGCGUGUUUAGCUCAUGUCCUGCAACUUGGGAACAAUGUUCUACCUGAUGGCUACUUCUGGUCUCGUUCUUUAGCAGGGAGCACUCGAUGAACAGUCCUUCUUGUAUAGGCAUGUCAAAAUUGUUUUAUUGUUUUGGUUAAAUUACCGGUGGGAUAUUUUUCCAACAGUCCUUAUUACAACUUCCCUACUGAAAUUAUGAUGAUUGGCGCUGGUUAAAAAUAUAAAAUCGGACCACACAGUAGCUGUAACCAAGCAGCAAAAUGACCAUGCCAUAUGUGUAACCAUGUAUUCUACCUGGAAGGACAUCUGUGUUUUUGAAGACUGAAUAUUCAACAAUAUCAUGUUUCUUUUUAAGGUUUUUGAUCAUGUAAACAUUAAAUUAUUAAAGUUAAUUAUCCAGUCUCAAACCAUGGGA